GCUUAGGAAACAGAAUUAAAACAGUCGAAGAACUGGUCGGUUGUAUUUUCAUGUCAACUUAUAACGGCAGAACCAUCGUCUAGUUAUACAUAACAUGGCGGGAGUGUUUGAUAGUCUGAAGGGUGCCGGUGCCAUUGGCAUCGUUGUUCUUGUUCUUGCUCUUUUAGGGAACAUAUGUAACUGGAUAGCCUUUACUACCACAGCAUGGGCUCGUCAAUUUACAAAUACAAAUAAGGAGACUUUCACUGGCAACGGGCUGUGGAGAAUAUGUGGAACAGGCACAGAUACCGGCUUCGGUAAAGUUGUAUCUGCAUGCACCCAGAUAGACGGAACCAAUCUCGCGUAUUAUGGCGCUGUUCAGGCUUUGGUAUCAAUUGGAUUUCUGGGACUCAACGCAAUGUGCCUCAUCAUCAUCCUCAAGAUGUUCACAAAGCAGUGUGCCGACGUCUCCGACAUCGAUAAAGUCAACGGCAUUCAAGCUAUCGUUACAGGUGUUCUUUACUUGAUCGGCAUCAUAAUAUUCGGUGCGGAAUACGGUAAUGGAGGCAAACUACGUGCUGCCAUCGGUGGCACUGUCGUGGACGGCGACCUGGGCUACUCAUUCAUCUUGGCUGUGUUCGCCAUGGUGUUGGAGAUCGUUGUCGGCGUUGUUCUGCUUGUGACCGGCCUCAAAGGUGGAUCUGUGGCCGCCAAAUAGUAACCACUGUAUAAAGUCAGGGGGACUGGAGAAUAUUCUGUUGUGUCGUGGAAGGAUGAAGUUGACACAACAAAUGUUGUCAAGUCAAGUUCCCCUGCAGGAAGUACUCCCACCCUGUGACGAGGCUUCACUUUGAACUUCUUAUCUUGCCUUCUUUACAAUACCAUUGUGAUGGUGAUUUCCUUAUAUCCCCUUGAACAAUGCUUGUCAUAUACAAUAUCACGGCCGAAUGUCUUGAAUGAGAUGUCAGCUACUAUGACCGGAACUAUGGAAACCAGGCUUAAACUAUUUUUCACCUGAAGUCUCACUUCAAUGAAGAUGGGUAUUAUGUAAAUUGUUUAUUUUCGGAAAAUAAAAGAAAUGAAUCAAA